AUGUGGGGGCCGAGCACGGUGGUGCGCAGCGGGGGGCUGCUCUCGGGCGCCCGCCUGGGCUGCCGCGUCAAGGAGGAGGACGUGGGGCGCCGCGAGACCUUCAGCGCCGAGUGGCUGGACCUGGAGCUCAGCACCCGGCCCGAGGAGGGGUGGUGCCGGCGGGAGGUGGACGAGCGGCGCCGCGAGACGCUGGAGCAGCGCGGGGAGACGCGGGUGCUGGAGCAGCGCUCGCCCUGGGGCGUGCUGCGGUUCGGGGUCCUGGGGCAGCCGCUGGCCCAGCACCUCCUGCCCUACGCCCGCACCCUGCCCCUGCCCCUCUUCGCCCCCCCGGACCUCCGCGGAGCCAAGGCGGGCGUCCCCCGCACCCUGUCCCGCUCCCUCUCCCACGAGGCCCAGAGGGGCUGA